UUUUUUUUCUUUAGUUUUGUCAUACGAUGGCUAGUACUUCAGGUCAGUCCAUCAGACUACGUGUUAAUUUACCUGCCAAUGCUCCCAUUGUUUUCUCUUAUCCGGAUCUACUAAAACGUCAUGAAAAAGAAGUGAAGGAUUUCCCCUUGGCCCCUUUGAUCCAGGACGACAAUGACUUUUAUAAACUGUUAUUAGAACGUGCUGCGAAAUACGAUAUGAAACCUGAUGAAGAAGACGUGGAAUCUGGUGAAGAAGAUAAUACACCUAAUAAAGACAACAAAGGAGACGAAUAUGAUUAUGACGAUCCUUUCAUUGAUGAUAGUGAUAUGAUGUUGGAUGAACCUUAUGAAUACUCGCAACCUGAAUACGAUGGAUUCUUUGUUUAUCAUGGCUCCUUAGAUGGAUCUGAUAAUACAACGGGAUCAAAGAAGAAAACAAAUGUGAAAAAGGAUACUAAAUCAGUCGGUUCAGCAACCUGGAAUAGUAGUAAAGUUCGACCAUCGACUUCUUCUUCAACAAAGAAAUCAACCAACAAGAUAGAAACUAUAGAAAUCUCUGAUACUGAAGACGAUACGGAAAAACCUGCAAAGUCAACAACCUCAUUAACAUCAGAAACAGGCACAACAACAGCAAAAACAACAAACUCAUCCUCUGCAACUAAUUCCACAAAAACCAAAAAACCUUCUUCUUCUUCGUCUUCUUCCUUAAAGUCAGAUACUACCAACAAAGGAAGUCCUGUAAUGAAAAAGUCAACUUCAACUGAUAGUACUAGCAAAAAACCAUCCAACAAACCAAAAUCAUCAUUACCCAGUAAAGUAACAACAAAUGAUACUUCCUCUACAAACAAUAUAGUAUCAUCUACUGAUGUAAAGAAAUCAACUACAAAUACAUCAUCAUCAACAUCACAAUCUUCAAAAGCAAAAAGCACCAGCAAGAAAACGAAAUCAUCAUCAAGCGAUAAACUUCAACCAUUGGAUCCUAGUAUUGAAGUAUUAAUGGAUAAAUUACGACAAGAUAGAGCCAAAGAAACAUUUGAAGUCAAAUCCAAAUUCCCAACUUCUUUACGACCUACAGUACUUCAAGUCGGUGCUAAAAUGUUUCGCCUGUAUCAUAAAAUGGAUGAAAAUGUAGUCAAUCAUUUGAUGGACAUUCUUCCUUACAACCGUUUCACAUUAAAGAAAUUCUUGACCACCAAGGCAGGACCAGGCAUAGUCAAUGAAUUACAACAAGAAAUCGAGGACUUGAUCAAACAAUUGGCCGAAGCAGUGGAUAAACUCAUGCCAGAGCAGUUACAACAAUAUGAACAAAAAGUACUUGAACAGAAGAACCAACCAUCAGACGGGUUGGAAGUGGAACGAAAAUUUAGAUGCAAUGAAACGAUUCGCCGGACUUUAUAUGAAAUAUUGACAAAGGAUAUGUACUCGGUCAACUUAUCCAAUGAUAUUGCAGAAUUCACUGGACGACCAGAACAAGUAGUUACUGAAACCAAAGCUAGAAAGGCGAUGUAUACUAAAUUAUUACCGUGUUGGCCUCCACAAUGGAUGACAACUUACGAUAUCAGUCGACAAUAUAGUACGUAUAAAUCAAAGAUGAAGAAUGUAGACGAAACUUCUAUCAAAUCAGGUCAUACGUCAUCAUCACAUUCAUCAUCAUCAACCGCAACAACAACAGCAUCAACAUCAGCAGGUGCUUCAACAACAGCAGGAAUGAAACGACCAGCAACCACUCCAGUCAAACGAUCUGCACCAUCUACAACUACAGCAUCAACUGGUUCAAUACCAUCAUCUCCUAUUUCUGCACAUAAGUCAACAAAGCAAUCAUCAACUCAGUCCACAGGAGGAGGGGAAAAACGUAAAAAGCUAUCGAAUGAAGAAUCAAGCACAACAUCAGCGGAUAUGAUUAGUGCGAAUAAAACAAACAAAAAAGGUAAUCCUAGAAAAAGAAAUUACCACUUGUCCGAGAAAUGGGGAAAGAAAAGGUUUGCUUACACAUACUUUUUUUUUUCUUGAUCUAUCAAUAGUUACGCAAGAAACGAUAGUUACCAAUGGUAUAAAUACUCAAGAUCAUAGGGAUGAUACGAUUAUGAUGGAAUCUUCCAGUGAUACUUUACAUCCCACCCAAUCACCACCGCCGGCAACAACAACAACAACAUCAUCAUCAUCAUCAUCAUCUACAACCAGUACCAAUCAAAAACCUACUUCCAUGACUAUUGCCUCUUUGAUUAGUGGACCAUGACCUUGUUUUAGUUUAUUGUAGUGAAUCAAUUG